CUUGGUCUGAGUUAAUUGAUAGUUAAUAUCAACCAGUCCAAGAUGGCGACAAGGAAGUCAAGAAAAGUCGACGCCAAGACAACCGAGGAGAAAAACGUGGAAAAUCUAGUACAAGAGUUCAUAAAAUUGAAGCAAGAUGCCAAGAAGAAAGGAUUGAACAACGCAGAGGUUCGUGAGAUAUUCCUCGGGAGGAGGAAAGAGUCGAAACGGGCGGCCAUAUGGGUGAUUCGCGCCGUGGUUGGUGUGCUUUUCCCUUGUCUGCUCGCAGUGGGGCUACAGUUGCACCAAGAGGGCUUCGAUCUGGAAAGCAUGAUGGAGAGCAUUACGUAUCCCCAAUGUGCCGUCGACUUCCCCUUCCUUCUGGGAGAGAUGACCAGGCCUAUCGCUGACUGUAGCAUGUGUAAAGGUAUUCAGUCCGCCCCUGUUUUGGAAGACAUCUCGAAAGAAGAGUUCCUGCAAAAGUACGCAUACUCCGGCAUCCCUUUGCUUGUGAAAGGUGCUACCAAGUCGUGGACGGCCAUGGAAACUUUCAAUUACGAGUACCUUAAGGACCUGUACGAAAGCACGGAAGGAGCACUGGAGGCUGUGGAAAAUGACUGUCAGUUUUUCCCGUAUAACACUGACUUUGGGUCGUUGGAGGAGGCCUUUAACAUGUCCGCUGCCCGGUCCGAGCUGAGGGAGGGGGAGGAGUCCUGGUACUUUGGAUGGAGUAACUGUGACCAGACAGUAGGGUCUGCCCUCAGGAAGCACUACCAGAAGCCAUACUUCCUACCUGAGGACUCCGAGUCCAGCAUUACUGACUGGCUGUUCAUGGGGUGGUCUGGUGUGGGAGCCAGCAUACACUGGUAGGCAGAUAUCAAAGUAACAAUCCAUUCCAUUCCUAACAUCAGUUUUUGUCAUCAGUUUAUGUCAUGUUUGUAUGACAGAUGAUUUCUUAGAUCAUGGGUCAUUUUUACAUAGAAACUAACAUGAUUCUAUUUAAGGAUCCGGCCAACUUGAAACUUUUUAAAGUCAUCCCAAUGUCCAUUAUCAGAGAGAUCCUAUUACAUUUUUCUGUCAUCCUGUACACAAGGUCAUUUUUAUAUCUUGCCAACUUUUAAAAUGAAAUUACACAACCUUUAGGAGCUGAAAUAUUUGUACAACCUUUCUACUACUCGAAGAUAAUGAGUGAAAUUUGAUAUUUUUUACUGAAAAAAUAGGAUGUGUGCAAUUUCCAGAAAAAAAUAAGAUAAUUCAUAUAAUAUUUUUGAUCAAGGCUUGUUGACACUGAUAUUUUGAAUAAUGGAAUGUCUAAAUAAUGUCAAAUAUUGGAAAAACAAUAAGUAGAUAUGUCCUAAAAAAUGGAGAUCUUUUUUUACCAAUUUUAAGUAGUGAUAUCUUCUGAGACAAAGCAUCUUUUGUCCAAAGGUAUGUGAAUGACAAAAGGGCUUGUUCUUUUUAUACAGAAUUCUAGUGUGCGAAAGGGGUUGGUUUGUAGUUACUGUCAUGAAGUCAUGUAAGGAAAGACAGUGCAAUUGAAAUCAAGAUGAUGUCUUGAUAUUUUAGAUCUGUAAAGUAUCAUUGGAAAACAUAUUAAUUGACACACUGUGUUCAGGGCAGCUUGUAAUGAAACAAACAAAUCACCAAACAAAAAA